AUGGCGCGACACGCGGGGGCUCGGCGGACGCUGGCCGAGGCGGGGAGAGGGCGGGGACGCCGAGGCCCCGGCUCUCGCUCCGGCUCCGGCUUGAUGUCCGGACGCAGGCCUGGCUCCGGCCCCGGGGGCCGCGGCUCCUCCCCGGGCGCGGCGGUUGGCGGCUGGCGGCGGCGGCGGCGGCGGGGAGGGCGCGGAGGAGGGAGGGAGGGAGCGAGGGGGCCGCUGGCUGCCCGCCUCAGUCAGACGCGGCUCCUCUCCGGCCUCCGAGAGAAAACAGUCCCCAGCGCCACCUCCACGGCCGCCGCUACCGCUACUGAGCCAACAAAGGGGCGUGCGUCACCGCGUCGCGCUGCGUCGUCGCGUCACUCCUCUGUGCGUCACUGCGCCCCGCCCCGCUGCCCCUGCGUGGAGUGCGGGGAGACCCCACGGCCCGGCCUGCGGGGCGCGGGGAGCGCGGCGGAGCGGGAGUCGCCUUCCUGGUGGUGAGCGCGGCGGUCCUGUGAGCCGGUGGAGACCCGUCAAGGGGCGACGGCCUCGUGGUCACCGCGAGAGGGCCCCCCCCGGGCCGCCCCGGAGGUGGCUUUUGCCGGAAGCCAUAGGCGUCCGGCCCACUCUCGUAGUCCCCGGGGACGGUAGGAACCCGGCGGUGGAGGCCUUUCCCGCCCGCCCUAGGGUAACUGCAGGAAGCUCUCAGCUGCUGAGCUAAAAUUUGUUUCUCCAGCUACUGACCGCGGAGCCUGUAAACUCUGGCGGGUGAACGGCGCUAUCGGUAUUUCGCGGGACGCCGUCCACGCGCACCGACGUGCAGUGGUUUUCGUCUUACGGUGACGUCAUCGUAAGAGGCGUUUCCUGAACUCAGCUCUACAAGCACCACUGGGGCCCUAAACAGUGUCAGCGGCCAUGGUUUUCCUUACUGGAGCACUGCCUAAGGGCCUAGAUCAACACUGAUGUUCUCGAGUGCUGAUUCUUCUAGGUCUCCAUGAAAACCUGAAGAGAGUGUGGAGAAGGGUGUGAAUGUCUGUAUCCUGCCCACCGUCCUUAUCUAAAGUCUGUCUCACCUCCCAUGUCUCCAGUGAUGCCAGGGAGGAUUGACGUUGGAAUUCAGGUAGAUUGGAUGCAAAUGAUUCUGUGCAACUUGGGAAGAAGGAAAAAGGACCACAGCAGACCCUGAAGACUGGAGUAACAGAGAACACAGAAGCAGCAGCCCUGGAUGUGUCCACACAAUCCCACAGCUUUCAGAAAUGAAAAAGUUUGUCUUUUAUCUUUUUAUCCUUUUUUGCUUCUCUCUUGGUUUUUUGGUUCUUUUGGAAUGUUUGGUUGGAAACAAUUCCAUGAUUUAAAAGGCACAGUAGGGCUGGGGAAGUAAUGCUGGUGGAGCACUUGCCUACAGGUGCCCAGUGCUGGGUUGAAUCCCCACCAUCACCAUCAUCAGCAUCAUCAUGGCCUAGCCACUCCUUACAUUUCGCAACGUGGUGGAGAACCAGUUUUUCAGUUCCGUGUUUCCAGCUGUACCCUCACAGUCAUGAUCAGGGAAGGAAUAAUGGGAGGCUUGUGAUGUGUGACUUUGCAUCCAGAACUUUUUAUGAGCUGCUUCAUGUGUUGCUUUUAUGGAAAGGUCAUUUAACAUGUUAGAUACAGGGUUUGACACAAAUGCUAAAACACUGAACACAAUUCCCAUAUUAUGGAAGUUUGAAAGGGCAAUACAAUAAUUAAAAUGGAAUAGUCCCAAAGAAUUAUACCAGAGUUAUUGACUGAUAUGUUUGUUUACAUAAAGCAAAACAUGGUAUGAGUGGACACAUUUUUUAUAAACCAUAACAAGCUGCAUGUUUAAGCUAUGAAACUUUGUUGUCUUCUAAGUCUGUGUGGGAGGUUGCCUAAAGAGAGGGUCAGACAAGACAGGUAUUGUGCAAAAGUCAACGUUCUAAAUAAGCUAAAUUUUUCUUUCUGUUUUUCUUUUGAGUACUGAAGACUAAACCCAGGGCCUUGUACAUACUAAGCAGGCACUCUGUGACUGAACUACAUUUCCAUCCCCUUAUUCAGCUAACUUUUUUGGGGGGAAGGGGUUUUAUGCAGAGACUUUAUGUAGCCCAGGCUGGCCUUGUACUCGUCCUAGUGUGCUAGUUGGCACUAUAGGCUCCAGAACUAGAAAGCCUAUUAUGUGACCUUAGGCAUAUUAUUUAACCUCUUCAUAAACCUUUUUCUCAUCUCAAUAACAAAACAGGAAUACUGCUGUAGUCCACUGAUUUUCUUCACUAGACUGUAGCAACUGAGUUAACAUAAGGUCUCACAUUAUCACUAUUGGAUAAACAAAAUGCACAAUACCAAAAUGGCUAUCCAGCUAAUUUUAAAGUAGUAACCCUUUGAAGUGUUCCAAGCAUUACUUAUUUGUCAAUUGUCACAAAUGCUUCUGAGCUCUUCUUGUAUGCCUGUAUUUUUUAUUAGCUAAUUAACAAGUCAGCUGCUCACCAGCAUCAUGUC